GGAUUAGCUGUAGUUCAGUGGCUUUAUCCACACAGUGUAACUGACAGCAAGAACUGGGACAAGGGACUUUGGUGCUACUAACGUUAGCUAGCAACGCAACUUAGCUAAACGUUUUGAAUCAGCCUUACCGCAGCGACAGUUAUUGUCUAGCGUUGGCGUUAGCCCUCAGCUGUCGUUGGCUGCUUGCUUGCUAAUGUGUAGCUAUAGUUAUUGCCUCCCAGUGGUGGAAAAAGUAUUCAAAUCUUUUAACGAUUCCUGGAGUAGUUUGAGAUCUUUGAGAGAUUCUCAAGGCAUCAUGGCUCCCAAGGACAUAAUGACCAAUUCCCAUGCCAAAUCCAUCCUCAAUGCAAUGAACUCACUUCGCAAGAGCAACACACUCUGCGAUAUCACUCUGAGGGUGGAGAACACAGAUUUUCCAGCUCACCGAAUUGUCUUGGCUGCCUGCAGUGACUACUUUUGUGCCAUGUUCACCAGUGAGCUUGCAGAGAAGGGGAAAUCUUUUGUCGACAUCCAGGGGCUCACUGCAUCGACUAUGGAGAUCCUGUUGGACUUUGUCUACACAGAGACUGUGUUAGUCACAGUGGAGAACGUACAAGAACUGCUUCCUGCAGCGUGUUUGCUGCAGCUCAAAGGGGUGAAAAGAGCAUGUUGUGAUUUUUUGGAGAGUCAGCUUGAUCCCUCCAACUGUCUGGGUAUUCGUGACUUUGCCGAAACUCACAAUUGCCUUGACCUGAUGCAGGCCGCCGAGCUCUUUUCCCAGAAGCAUUUCUCCGAGGUAGUUCAGCAUGAGGAGUUCAUGCUGCUCAGCCAGACCGAAGUUGAAAAGCUUAUAAAAUGUGAUGAAAUCCAGGUGGACUCAGAGGAGCCUGUAUUUGAAGCUGUGUUAAACUGGGUCAAACACAACCGAAAAGAGCGAGAGCCCUAUCUGCCAGACAUGCUUGAGUUUGUUCGAAUGCCGCUUCUGACCCCCCGCUACAUUACAGAUGUCAUUGAUGCUGAGCCCCUCAUUCGGUGUAGCCUGCCAUGUCGAGACCUUGUUGAUGAAGCCAAGAAAUUCCACUUAAGACCGGAGCUGAGGAGUGAGAUGCAGGGCCCACGCACACAAGCAAGAUUAGGUGCCAAAGAAGUCCUGUUGGUUAUAGGUGGGUUUGGCAGCCAACAAUCGCCAAUAGACAUAGUUGAGAAAUAUGAUCCGAAAACACAAGAAUGGAGCUUCCUUCCUAACAUUGCACGGAAAAGGCGCUAUGUCGCCACAGUGUCUCUCCACGAUCGUGUUUAUGUGAUCGGAGGCUACGACGGUCGGUCGAGGCUCAGCUCCGUGGAGUGCCUGGACUACACAGCAGACGAGGACGGUGUUUGGUACACCGUCGCCACCAUGAAUGUGCGUCGUGGCCUUGCUGGAGCCACAACACUCGGAGACAUGAUCUAUGUUGCCGGUGGCUUCGAUGGCAGCCGGCGUCAUACCAGCAUGGAGCGAUACGACCCAAACAUCGACCAGUGGAGCAUGCUGGGAGAUAUGCAGACAGCUAGAGAAGGAGCUGGUCUGGUGGUGGCCAGUGGGCUAAUAUACUGUCUAGGUGGAUACGAUGGACUAAAUAUCCUGAAUUCAGUGGAGCGGUAUGACCCACACACAGGCCACUGGACAAGUGUUACACCGAUGGCCACCAAGCGGUCAGGGGCUGGUGUGGCUUUACUCAAUGACCACAUCUAUGUAGUGGGAGGCUUUGAUGGUGUUUCACACCUCGACUCUGUUGAGGUCUACAACAUCAGAACAGACUAUUGGACCACUGUAGCCAGUAUGACCACUCCUCGAUGUUACGUAGGAGCAACCGUUCUCCGAGGACGUCUCUACGCCAUCGCCGGCGUUUCCUGUUGAGCUGCAGUGGGGGAAUAGUAACAAGAAGAGGAAAUGUACUAAAAAGAGAGUAAUUUUAUCUAACUCAGACUGUUAAAGCCUCAUAUAAACAUUUGAAUAUAUUUUUGCACAGAACAAGGACUGUGGAUUUUGUCUCCCUUCACUUAACUUGAAAAUGCUUAAUAAGAGAUCUCAUAAUUGCCAGUAUGAACAGGAGGAAUUAUUACAGCAAGCAAAACCUGUUUCAGUGUUCAUAUGGGCACCUGUCUGUUGUGUGGUAUAAGAGUUAUAUGAGCUACAGACACAAGCUGCAAGUGUAUUUUAACACUCUGUCUGUAGGUAAUGUAUCUGUUUCAUGAUUAAGUUAAGCAAAUUUGAUCUUCUUUUUCUCUUAUCUUGUACAACAUUACAGUGUAGAGAAGUGCUGAUUGUUGUGGUUAAAACUCUCAGUUCCUCUCUAUUUGUCUCACAUCUCCCUCUAGAUAUGAUGGGAACUCUCUUCUCAGCAGUAUUGAAUGUUACGACCCGGUUAUCGACUCCUGGGAGGUUGUUACUUCAAUGGCAACACAGCGGUGCGAUGCAGGCGUCUGCGUUCUACGAGAAAAGUGAUCUUUGCUAAGAACAAGAGCCACAAAAGGAAACGCAGACAGGAGGAGACUAGGAUGCAGCUAGACUAAAAUGCCACUAAAACAGAGCCACAGAGGGAGAUGUUUGUUCGCCAGUAUGCAAAUAGGUACUCUCAAAUGAAUAAGCGCAGCAGUUUGGGCUGCCUCCCCUACUGGAUGGUCAACCCUCCGACACCUGGACUGUGCAACAGAGAUUCAGCUUCGCCGUGGUAGACUUCACCUCAAAAGAGGCCUCCAAGGAGCCCAUCACCACUUGCAUGACUCUCUUCGGUGGUACUUGUUGCUGUCUUACCUGUGAGAUUAUUUUUUCAGUUUGUCUUCAAAGUGCAAUAUAUUUCUACUCAUCACAAGAAAACAUAAAAAGAAGGAGCCAAAUUAAGCUCCAGUUGCUGCUAUAUGCCUUAUGGCUUUGGCCUACAUCAAACAGUGAACAUCCAUGUUGCCUCCCAUUAGACUUUGAUGAUAGUUACAGUACAUUGGCUUAUUAUCGAGUGUACUCAUUCGGCAUUUGCAAGGUCAUUAAUGAGUCAGUAAUUCAACCCUUUUUGUAAUUCUUCCUGUGAACAGUGCUUUUAGAUUCAAAUCACUUUAAUACAAAAGGUUUAAUACUUACUGUUGCUCUCAGAAGAUAUAUUUAGAGAUAAAUAUUGUUUUAGAAAAUGACUGAAUUGUACCAGUUGACUGAUUAUUUUGUCCCUCCGUCUGGCACAAUUGGAAAAAUCACAAAAUAGUAAGUAUGAGGUGCAUGUGAUUUGUUUUUCUUCCUCAGCUUAUAAAUUUGGACGUGUACAUGUAGGACACAAAGUCAUAACAUCACUGUUGCCUGGGAAGUGAAUAAACACACUGAGAACUGA